AUUUUUAUUUUGAUUUUGAGUUUGCUUUUGCUUGCGGUUAAAAUAUUUGCGGGCUUCAUCAGCGGCGGCUUUCGGAAUUGGAUUCGAGAUCGAAUUCGGAAUCGGAAUCGCCAGAACCGAUCCUGACCAGACCAAGAUCCGUAGUAUGCGAUCGCUGCCAUGCUGCUGAGACAAAGCCUGGACAACGGCUAAGGACCGGGAUCAGGAUCAGGAUCAGGACAUGGUGAUGGACUGCGACAGGAUGCGGGUGGGGAGUCGUUGGAUGAGCCUGCUGCUCUGCCUUUGGCUGGUCGUUGAAUCACCGGGAAGGGCGAAGGCGAUUGGAGGAGCGCUGUACGGUCUCCACUCCGACGAACUGGUGGCGGGCGAGGGGCAGCUGGUGGUGCCACGACGAGUCCACCCCGACGGCGAGUUUAUGAGCCACCAGCUGGACUAUGCCCACGACCGGGACCAUCGGCGGCAUCGCCAGCGGCGAAGUCUGGGCCGAGAUCAGGAUUCGGAGGCGGCGGACUUGCACCUCCAGCUGCCGCUGGCGAAUGAGACACUGCAUCUGGAGCUGACGGCGCACAGCUACUUCCUGGCCCCGAAUCUGGUGGUGGAGCGCCAUCGCCGGGAUCUGCGCACGCGGUCACCUUUGACCCCGCGACACCUCAACUGCCACUUUCACGGCAAGGUGCGGGGCCAACCGGCCACCAAUGUGGCCAUCUCCACCUGCUCCGGACUGGUGGGUCACAUCCGGACGGCCAGCAAUGAGUACUUCAUAGAGCCCUCCAAGCAGCACGAGCCGCAUCCCUCGAAUGGCCAUCCGCACGUGGUCUUCCAGCGCUCCUCCGUGAAACCGAAGCAUCCAUCGAGGAAGCGGAACAAGCGCAAGCGGGGCGGAGGAUCGGGGGGAUCCGGAGUGGAGGUCAGUAACUGCGGAACUCGGGAGCCUCGCCGCCGGAUGGAGACGAGACUGGAGUGGCAGUCCAGGGGCAAGGUGAAGAUCCAGGGCGGUCGCCAGAUAAGGCGACACCACAAGCACCACAAGUACCACCACCAUCACCAUCAGCCGAAAACCCGGGUGCCCCACACCAAGUUCAAGUACGAGACGCAGUUCCAGGCGGAGCGGGAUCAGCCGGAGAUUCCCCGGAGGAGACGAUCCAUCAGCAGUCCACGGCAUGUGGAAACCCUGAUUGUGGCCGAUGCCACCAUGUCGGCCUUUCACAAGGACCUCAAUGGCUAUCUGCUGACCAUCAUGAAUAUGGUGUCCGCCUUGUACAAGGACCCCAGCAUCGGCAACUCCAUCGAGAUCGUGGUGGUCCGGAUCAUCCAGCUGGACGAGGAGGAGUCCCAGCUUCAGCUGAACCUCACCCAGAAUGCCCAGAAGAACUUGGAUCGGUUCUGCAGCUGGCAACACAAGCUGAACAAGGGCAGUGAAGAGGAUCCGCACCACCACGACGUGGCCAUCCUGAUCACGCGCAAGAACAUCUGCGCCAACAACUGCAUGACCCUCGGUCUGGCCAACGUGGGUGGCAUGUGCAAGCCGAAGCAAUCCUGCAGCGUCAACGAGGACAAUGGCAUCAUGCUCUCCCACACGAUCACCCAUGAAUUGGGUCACAACUUUGGGAUGUUCCACGACACGGCGAAAAUCGGCUGCCAUCCGCGGGUGGGUCCCAUUGUCCACAUCAUGACGCCCACUUUUGGGGCGGACACCCUGCAGGUUUGCUGGUCGAACUGCAGCCGCAAGUACAUCACGCACUUCCUGGACCAGGGACUGGGCGAGUGCCUGGACGAUCCGCCGACGCCGCUGGACGAGUACAACUACACGGGCGAGCUGCCGGGGAUGCGGUACAAUGCCAGGGGCCAGUGUCGACUGCAGUUCAACCUGACCACCGACAGCGAGGUGGGCGCCUGCUCCACCCCCCACGAGUUCUGCUCGACGCUGUGGUGCAAGGUCAACGGCGAGUGCGUCACCCACAUGCGGCCCACCGCCCCCGGGACGCUGUGCGGGCGGAACAAGUGGUGCCAGAACGGGCGGUGCGUCCGCCGCGAGGAGCUGGCGGCGGUGAGCGGGGGUUGGGAGUGGAGCGAGUGGAGCGACUGUUCGCGCAGCUGCGGCGGUGGGGUGUCCACCCAGCAGAGGGAGUGCGACAGCCCGGUGCCCGCCAACGGGGGCGUCUUCUGCAUCGGCGAGCGGAAGCGGUACAAGAUCUGCCGCAAGCGACCCUGUCCGCCGGAGGAGCCCACCUUCCGGGCGCAGCAGUGCGCCCGAUUCGACAACGUCAGCUACCAGGGGGCCACCUACAAGUGGCUGCCCUUCUUCGACAAGAAUAAUCCCUGCCGGCUGUUCUGCAGCGACGUGGACGACACGAUAAUCGCAAACUGGGGCUCCACGGUUCUGGACGGGACGCCCUGCACCCUGGGCACGAACAACAUGUGCAUCGACGGCAUCUGCAAGAAAGUUGGUUGCGAUUGGCUCGUCGACUCGGAGCUGCAGGACGAUCGCUGCGGUGUCUGCGGCGGUACUGGCGAUCAGUGCCAGCCGGUGAGGGACACCUUCGCCGACCCGUUCGCCGCCAAGGACGGCGCCUACGUGGAGAUCGUCACCAUCCCGGCCCGGGCCAGGCACAUCCUCGUCCGGGAGCAGGCCAACUCGCCGCACUUCCUCGCCGUGGCCACGGCGCAGGGCGACCGCUUCUACCUGAACGGGGACAGCCUCAUCUCGAUGCCCGGCGAGUUCGAGAUCGCCGGCGCCGAGAGCCUCUACGAUCGCGUCGACGAGCAGGAGACCAUCACAAUACCUCAGCCCAUCCAGCAUUCCAUAUCGCUCUAUGCGAUCGUGCGCGGCAAUGAGAGCAACGCUGGCAUUUUCUACGAGUUCACGCUGCCCGCUCUGAAUGUGAGUGCCGGAAGGCAGUUCCUGUGGCGGCUGAGCAACUGGACGGCCUGCUCCGCCAGCUGUGGCGGCGGAGUCCAGCACCGGGAGCCCGUCUGCCAGGAGAGCGGCAAGGGACUCCUGGCCGACACGCUGCCCUGCUGGACGCACGCCAAGAACAAAAGACCCCAGCGGCAGGCGCGGGGAUGUGGCGAGGAGCCGUGUCCUGCCCACUGGUGGCCAGGUCCCUGGCAAUUCUGCCCCCUCACCUGCCGUCCGCCGGGCUCCUCCGCGACCACCCCGCUCCGCCGGCGGUCCGUCGUCUGUUUGGACCAGCACGACGUGGUGGUGGCCGAUGCGGAGUGCGGCCCCCUGCAAAAGCCCCCGGAAACGGAGCCCUGCGAGUCCCCGCUGCCCGACUGCAGGACCAAGUAGCCCACGGAAAGGAAACCCUAUUUAUUGAUGGAGCAUACAUAUUUAUUCAGCGAGUAAGCGAUCAUCCCAGAUGUACUUAACUAAUCAUACGGACAAACAAACAAAAAAAAAAAUAUGGAAAUUACAUAGGCUAAGGAUAACGCUUAAGCGCUAGCGAUAAGGCAUCUUAUGUAUUACGAUCGCGGGCUUAUCGAUAUAUAUAUAUAUAUAGUAUUUCGUGUUUAGUAUUUAGUAUUUAGGCUACUCAAUACAGAUAGAUGUAUGCGGAA